AUGGCUUCCCCCAUAUUAUUUGUCAAGAAAAAAAACGGGAAAUUACGCAUGUGUGUAGAUUAUCGACGACUGAACAGCAUGACCAAGAAGAAUGCCUAUCCCCUACCCUUGCCACAAAAUCUUAUCAAAAAACUACAAGGCGCUAAGAUUUUUAGUAAAUUUGACCUUAGGGCAGGAUAUAACUUAGUCCGAAUUAAAGAAGGCAACAAAUGGAAAACAGCCUUCAAAACAAAAUAUGGAUUAUUUGAAUACUUGGUUAUGCCUUUUGGAUUAACAAAUGCGCCGGCGGCUUUUCAGGAUAUGAUGAACGAAAUAUUCAGAGACCUGUUGGAUGUUUACGUCAUCAUAUAUCUGGAUGAUAUUCUGGUCUUCUCCUUGAAUGAAAAAGAUCAUGAAGUUCAUGUGCGAGAGGUACUCAAAAGGCUACAGGAUAACAACCUUUUCUGCAAUAUUGAGAAAUGCCACUUCCAUGUCAAGAGGAUCAAUUACCUAGGGUUCAUCAUAUCGGAAUUUGGCAUAGAAGUCAAUCAAUCCAAGGUCACGGAUGCAAUAAAUUGGUCAAUGCCUAAGAAUGUCAAGAAUAUCCAGGAAUUUUUAGGAUUUGUAAACUUUUACAGACAAUUCAUCCCUAAUUUUGGCAAUAUGGCACGGCCCUUGUAUAAUUUGCUCAAGAAGGAUAGUAUUUGGAAAUGGGACUUGGCGGAACAACAGUCGUUUGAUGGCCUUAAAAAAUGUCUCACAUCAGCACCCUUGCUUCUACAGCCUGAUACCACCAAACAAUUUUAUGUGGAAUGUGACGCAUUGGAUUACGCCACUGGAGCCAUACUAUCCCAAUGCAACCCUGAAGGAAAAUUGGCCCCGGUAGCCUAUUUAUCCAAGUCCCUAUCUCCUGCUGAGAAAAACUAUGACAUCUUUGACAAAGAGUUAUUAGCAGUCAUUAGGGCAUUUAAAGAAUGGCGCCAUUUGCUAGAAGGAUCCAAAUUACCAGUCCAAGUUCUAACAGAUCACAAGAACUUAGAAUAUUUUUCCACGUCCCAAUCCCUAAAUAAACGCCAGAUUAGAUGGGCCAACUUCCCAGUCAACUAUAAUUUCCAAAUCAUUUAUAGACCUGGAGCACAGAACAAAAAGGCAGACAUCCUCUCACGACGCUAUGAUUUAGUACCCCUUGAAGGGGGGGUAGAGAACCAGGUUCUCCUGAAACCAGAACUUUUUGUUUCAGCUAUUACCCCAGAUCAGGAAAUCAAUGACCUAAUUGGCAAAGCAAUUUAUGAGGAUAACCAUCUGAAAGAAAUCUUACAUAAACUCCAGGGCAAGGAAAAAGUCUUAGACUGGGAAUUGAGAGAAGGAUUACUAUGGUUUCAAGGAAAAAUAUUUGUACCAAAGGAUGACACUAUUAGGAACCUCAUCUUGGAAUCUAGGCACGAUGCAUUAGCGGCAGGACAUCCGGGACAAGCUAGAACAUUAGAACUUGUCUCAAGGAAUUACUAUUGGCCAUCCUUGAAAAAAUUUGUCAACUCUUACGUCAACCAUUGUGAAACCUGCAUUCGGUCCAAACCCACAAAUCAAUUACCCAUAGGCUUGUUGAAACCACUACAUAUCCCUGAACGCCCCUGGGAGGACAUAGCAUAUGACAUGAUUGUGGGAUUACCAGUUUCAGAAGGAUUUGAUGCCAUUCUCACCGUUAUCAAUCAAUUCUCUAAAAUGGUACAUUUUAUACCCACACAAUCCACUUCAUCUGCUAUUGAUAUUGCAAAUCUAUUUGUGACAUAUGUGUGGAAACUCCAUGGCUUGCCCAGAAGCACCGUAUCAGACAGGGGACCAACUUUCAAUGCCAAAUUUAUUCGCCACCUGUACAAAAGGCUGGAUAUUAAACCAAUGUAUUCCACAGCCUACCAUCCUCAAACAGAUGGACAAACAGAACGAAUACAACGAGAGGCCAAAAUAUUCAUUUGCAUGUUUGGGAACCAUCAACAAUUGGAUUGGGUAUCAUUAUUACCCUUAGCAGAGUUUGCCCUCAAUAAUCUUGUUGUGCACCACUGUCAAAAGACAGACGAAUCAGUACCCAAUGCGGAUGAACAUGCGGAGUUCCUAGAAAGAGGCUAUGAUGAAGUCAAAGCAGCGUUGUCCUUGUCACAAGAAAGGAUGAAACACUUCUAUGAUCAAUGCCACAGGAAAGAAGAAGAAAUCCAAGUAGGGGAUAAAGCCUGGUUGAGUCAUCAGAAUAUAUCCACCAACAGACCAUCCACCAAGCUUAGUCACAAAAAACUAGGCCCUUACCUGGUAAUUGAGAAAAUUGGGUUGCAUGCCUAUAAAUUGCAACUACCUCAUACAAUGCGCAUACACCCAGUUUUCCAUAUCAAUCUUCUGACAAAAUUUCAUCCUGAUCCUCAUGGGCGCAACCCUCCUCAACCUGCACCUAUCAUCACAGAAGAAGGUGAAGAGGAAUAUGAAGUAGAAAAAAUCCUAGAGAGCAAGUGGAAGGGACAAGGGAAGACAAAGAAGUUAUGGUACCUGGUCAAAUGGAAAGGUUAUGAUGAAGGAAGUAAUUUGUGGGAGCCAAUAGACAAUGUGGGAAAUGCUCAGGAAGCCCUAGAGGAAUUUCACAAGGAACACCCUGAUGCAGUUGGAGCUUGA